GCCGAAGUCAAUAAGUAUCAAUAAAUUAGAGAAAGAGGCUUAUAAAAGACAAGGCAUUAGAGAAGAGCCUUGUAAUGACAAGUGUUGAGAUAAGAUGCCGAAGCCAAUAAGGAUCAAGAGAUAAGAGAUAAGAAUCUUUUAAUAACAAGGCCUCUAAGUAAUGUGAAACAGUGUCUCAGAUUACUUAGAUGCGCUUCGGCAUCUUAUCUCAACACUUCUUGAAUACCAGUUCUAAACCGAGAGUACCUUUUAUGUACCGAAGAACAUGUUUAGCAGCAGCAUAAUGAUUUGCAUACGGGGUUUUGAUGAACCUGGAUAGGGCCGAGGCCGCAUGCCAAAUCGCUUCUCACUGUAUUCUCAGCAAACAAUAAUUUCCCCACCAUGGUGCGAUUCAGUGAAGCAUCCGAGCACUUGAUGGAUUUUAACAUUCGGUCGAUGUCUGAGUUCGGGGUCUAUCCGUUAGUUAUUGAGAAGUCGGUUACACUCGUUGCGUUAUACGUUGAUGAUUUGUUGAUUCUCUUAAAUGUUUCCUCCUCCAUUACCUUUGUCAAAGACGUUCUGUCUUCACACUUUAGAAUGAAGGAUCUAGGUGCAGGUUCUUAGGGAUGCAAGUUUCCCAACGUCCUGGUGAAAGACACAAAACAAACAAAGACUAUAUUAUGGAUAGAUCAACAAGGAUAGAUCGACUAAAACUCAGUAAGUCUUUCAGGACUUUGUUUCAUAAGCAAGGGUCUCUAGGUCAAAAUAGAACUAAGCUAUU